AUGCACACAAGUUCUAGUACUGAGACCAGUCCAGGCCACAUUCCUGCCUGUAAAGCGGAUAUUCAAAACUUGCUGGCAGAGAUUAAGGCCUAUUUCUCAGCCGACAUAGUGCUGGUUCAUGAAGAUAUGGGAGUCAUGACAGCUCGAUUGCUGACUCUGGAGGAAGAUGGUGUUACCACGAAAAGCAAAUAGGAGGUUCUGAAAGCUGAGGUGGAAGCACUGAAGUGGGUAAACCACACUAUAGAAUGAAGGCUUUCUGUGCUGGAAGACGCAAGGAAGCAAUGCAAUCUGCGGGUUCGUGGCAUCCCUAAAAGCAUCCUGGAUGACAAAGUACCUCACUACCUUCACAGAAUGUGGAACUCUAUGCUAUCUACAACUAAUGCCAAGACCAUACACCUGGACUAUCAGUACCGGGUCCCGAAAUCGGGUUACAAGGGACAAGGGGUUCCACAACAAGAAAUGCACCCACUUACUGGCCUUUUUCGCUGA